AUGGAUAAUGUUUCUGUUGUAAGAACCUUAACUCUCACAGGAAUAAAUGAGACUAUGGACUACAGAACUACAAUAUUCUCAGUCACUUUGGUGUAUUACUGUGUGAUUUUAUUCCUAAAUAUCUCCCUCAUUGUUAUUAUUGUCUUGGAUGAAAACUUGCAUGAGCCCAUGUAUGUCUUACUGUGCUGCGUUUGCAUUAACGCGGUUUACGGCACCACCGGUUUCUACCCCAAGUUCCUGUUAGACCUGCUGUCGUUUGCUCAGGAGAUUUCCUAUGAGUGGUGUCUCUUCCAGGCCUUCGUCAUGUACUCGUUCGCCUGCGGUGAGCUGUCCAUCCUGGCCGUCAUGGCGUACGACAGGUACCUGGCUAUCUGCCGGCCGCUGCACUACCACUCGUUGAUGACGAAGAGAAGGCUCUCCCAGCUGGUGAGUUUCUCCUGGCUGACGCCGUUCUGCGUCUACUCCGUCAGUAUUCUGCUCACUUCCAGGCUGGAGCUGUGCAGGCUGAAGAUUAAGAGGCUGUUCUGCAUGAACUGGAUCAUCGUUCAGCUCGCCUGCCCCCACAGCGACACUCUCUCCAAUAACGUCGUUUCGUACGCGACGAUGUUCCUCUAUGUGUCUCACGGCUUUUUCAUCAUUUGGACUUACAUCCACCUCGUCAGAGUGUGUGCAACCUCCAAGGAUGACAGGGUGAAGUUCAUGCAGACGUGCGUGCCUCAUCUGGUCUCUUUGAUCACUUUCCUGACGGUGAUCGUGUUCGAUCUGAUGUACAUGCGCUACGGCUCGGCGGAUAUGCCCCAAAGCCUGCAGAACUUCAUCGCCAUAGAGUUCCUCCUCAUUCCCCCGAUGAUGAACCCGCUGAUUUACGGAUUUAAGUUGACCAAAAUACGAAACAGAAUCCUGAGUUUGGUUUAUCUUAGAGCCCAAUGA